AUGGGUGAACCCCAUAGAGUCAACUUUUGCAAUAAUAUCCUCGACCCAACAAUAAAGGAGCUAUUGUUGAACCCACCUAAGAAUGAUUCGAUCGUAUCAACUCAAGGCCAUAUAAAGUCCAUUAGACAAUUUAAGAAUAUCGGAUUUAUAGAUUUGUCCGACGGAUCAACCUAUCUGAGCCUAAGUAUCGUUAUAGGCAAUCCAGAGUCGGCAUUCAAGCAGAAUAGGUAUCAAGUUGGACAAAGUAUAUCAGUCAAAGGAUUAUGGAGGGAUUCCCAGGGGACUCAAAAGCAUGAGCUAGUUUAUGACCCUGAAGAAAAUGGACACUCUUUGUCUUUGAUAGGAGGAGUCACAGAGAGCUAUCCUAUUCAAAAGAAGAGUCAGACAUUGCAGUUUCUAAGAACAUUACCAACCUUGAGACAUCGUACAUCGACUUUAGCUGCAAUAUUAAGGUUUAGAUCAUUCAUGGAAUCCAAAAUGAAUGACUUUUUUGAAUCGGAAAGUUUUGUCAAAGUUUCGCCUCCCCUAAUUACCAGCUCAGACUGUGAAGGAGCAGGUGAACAAUUCAAAGUCGAACCAUUAAACAAGCCGGUUGCAAAAGACAAAGAAGAGGACUUAUUCUUUGGUAAGAACACUUAUUUGACAGUCUCUACUCAGUUGCACUUAGAAGUAUUGGCCCAAUCAUUGAAUAGGGUAUGGACUUUAACACCAUGUUUCCGUGCAGAAAAUUCAAAUACAAAUAGGCACUUGAGCGAAUUUUGGAUGUUAGAAGCAGAGAUAUGCUACAUUUCUGAUGUUCGUCAAUUGACAGCAUUUACAGAAGCAAUGUUGCGGUAUGUUACUGUUUCCAUUAGAGAUAAAGCCGAUUCAAUAAACUCAAGCGGGAAUUUUGAUGAUUUAAUAAAUUCAAGAUUCAAUAAGCUGGAUAUUGAAAAUAUCACCAAUCGCUGGUCCACUUUAUUAUCCGAUAAACCUUGGCCUACCAUAACGUACACCGAAGCAAUUGAUAUCAUUAAUAAAGUUAAAAAUAAGGGUAGACUGAAGGGUAGACUAAACUGGGGUGACUCAAUUCAAACAGAUCAUGAAAAGUGGCUUGCUGGUGAACACUUUAACUCGCCGGUAUUUAUUACCGACUACCCUGCCAGUGAGAAACCAUUUUACAUGCCACCUUCUACGGACUUCAAUCCAGAAAGACCCACCGUUGCAUGCUUUGAUUUGAUCGUACCAGGAAUGGGUGAAUUGAUCGGUGGUUCCAUGAGAGAACACCGCUAUAACGAGCUUGUAGCAGAAAUGAAGCGUCGUAACAUGGAUAUCGAAGAAAUGGAUUGGUACUUAUCUACAAGACUCAACGGUAGCGUACCGCAUGGUGGAUUCGGUAUGGGUUUUGAAAGAUUAAUAUCUUACUUGGGUGCAAUGGAGAAUAUCAAAGACGUUAUUCCGUUCCCACGGGCACCGCAAAUCUGCCACUGCUGA